AUGGCACCCACAGCUCGUUUGUUUGUUACCUUUUUCUGGCUGGUCCAGGCGGUUCAAGCUUCUGAGGCUCCCAUGGAUAAGAUCAAACCCCUAAAAAACUUUGUUUUGUCUCGAGAGAGCAUGAGGGCUGCUCUAGAUGCCUUUCGGGCUGGACAGUCAGUAGCUGAUAUGACUCGGGAGGUCGCCCAGGUCAUUUCUCCCAAAUCGGUAGGCCGAACCAUUCCUCUUGCCCCAGUUUCCUCUCACACCCCUAAGCCGAGCUCCGAGGAUCCAAGUUCUAGGGCCUCCAAGUCUUCCGGCCGCAGCAGGCCCAGCUCCUCUCCCCGAUCUCCCAAAGUCUCUAAAUCCAAACGGGCCCUCGCUCCUGCUUCCGAGGGUGCUCCUAGGGAGAAGAUUGAGGUCGUUCCCACCGAAGAGGGGGCUCUUCAGGGUGAAGGUGAGGUCAUUCCCACCAAAGAGGGGGAUCUUCAGAGUGAAGGUGAGGUCGCCCUAGCAAGCGAGGCUGCCCCCAUAAUUGGAGCUGAGGUCGCACCUGUUAGUAAGGGUGCCUCUAAGGAGGGGGCCAAGUCCAAGUCUAUUCCCGCAGCUUCUCCCCGGAAGAAGACCUCGGACGAUAGUGAUAUAGCUAUCAAGGGGGCUACUGGCAAGCGAGCCUCUUCCUCAGAAGCUCCUGCGGUGCCUCCAGCUCCAAAGAAGGCUCGGGCUUCCAAACAACCGGCUUCAGCCCUGCCUCCCCUCGAGAAGGCGAAGACUUCUGUGGAGCCAUUGUUUUCUGCCCCCAACAAUGAGGUUUUGAAUGCAGAAGACAUCUCCCACCAGUCUCUAGCGAGCCCUGUCGUAGAGUUAUUGCGGGAGAGGAUGUUUGGGGAUAUCACUGAGGCUUUGGACCCGCGUCUGCUUGCCCUUACUGGCCUUUUAGCUAGCUCUAACUGA